ACCCCUUCGCAGAAAAUGCUCCUGGCGUCGGCUGCCGGCCGGGCUGCAGUCGGAAGGGGACUUUCCAGGGCAGGCUGUGGGCUGACCUCUCCGUCUCUGUGUGCUUUGCAGUACAAAAUUGGACAGCUGUACAUGAUCAGCAAGCACAGCCACGAGCAGAGCGACCGCGGAGAAGGGGUGGAGGUCGUGCAGAACGAGCCCUUCCAGGACCCGCACCACGGCAACGGGCAGUUCACCGAGAAGCGGGUGUACCUCAACAGCAAACUUCCUAGUUGGGCCAGAGCUGUUGUCCCCAAGAUAUUUUAUGUCACAGAGAAGGCUUGGAACUAUUAUCCCUAUACCAUCACAGAGUACACAUGCUCCUUCCUGCCGAAAUUCUCCAUUCACAUAGAAACCAAGUACGAGGACAACAAGGGGAGCAACGACAGCAUUUUUGACAAUGAAGCCAAAGACCUGGAGAGAGAAGUUUGCUUUAUCGAUAUUGCCUGUGAUGAAAUUCCAGAACGCUACUACAAAGAAUCAGAGGAUCCUAAACACUUCAAGUCUGAGAAGACAGGCCGGGGACAGUUAAGGGAAGGCUGGAGAGAUAGUCAUCAGCCCAUCAUGUGUUCCUACAAGCUGGUGACGGUGAAGUUCGAGGUCUGGGGGCUUCAGACCAGAGUGGAACAAUUUGUACAUAAGGUGGUCCGAGACAUUCUGCUGAUUGGACAUAGACAGGCUUUCGCAUGGGUUGAUGAGUGGUAUGACAUGACAAUGGAUGAAGUCCGAGAAUUCGAACGAGCCACUCAGGAAGCUACCAACAAGAAAAUCGGCGUUUUCCCACCGGCCAUUUCUAUCUCGAGCAUUCCCCUGCUGCCUUCCUCGGUCCGCAGUGCCCCUUCCAGUGCGCCUUCCACCCCUCUCUCCACCGACGCACCCGAAUUUCUAUCAGUUCCCAAAGAUCGGCCCCGGAAAAAGUCUGCCCCAGAAACUCUCACGCUUCCAGACCCAGAGAAAAAAGCCACGCUGAAUCUACCUGGCGCAUAUUCUCCAGAGAAGCCAUGUCGACCCAAAUCAGAUUAACUUCAUGUGAAUAUCUCAUGGGGUUUUAUAUUUUCAUUUUUGGGUGUUUUUUUUUUUUUCAGGAAUCUUCUGAUAUGGGAAAAGACUGGUUUGUCACUCAAACAUGUUCCUUUGAUCUCCAAGUGUGCAUGUGGUCAAGUAAUUCCAGAUCAUACGAUUCCCUAAAUAUACCACACAGUAUCGCAGUGGAGGGAAGACACAAGACUUGCAAAGGAUAGAAGAAAUUUUUCUGUAGCCACAGCUAUAAAGCCAGGGAGAAAGCCUUGUUCUUGGGCAUUUGAUGGGAUUGGCAUGGACUUGGAGGGUGAAUAAGUAAAAACUUGGUACCACUUUGUUACAAGGUGUGGUAAAAUAGUGGAAGUUAAUUUCUUCUCAUCCAACCUGAAAGUCUCAAAAAUACUCUCAGGCAUCAAAUACCUAACUGUUAAAUUUUGAACUACUGGUAACCAAUACUUGAAUACCAAUAGUUAUUGAAAUUCCUAUUUUGAUUAGUCUGACUCAGGAUUUGGGGCCUAACUAACCCUUUAAAUUUUUGGAAAUUUUAAUUAUCAACCUAUAGAGGCUCCAAGUGCAAUUAAUGAUAACAUAUUUAUACCUUGCACAGAAUUUAAUAAUGAUUCCACUUGUUGAUAUAUUUUAAUAACUUUCCCCUUUGUGCCCUUGGGGCCUCAGAAACCUUUUAGAAUUGCAUGGAUGAUGUUUUUUUGAAUGAUUUAGUUUAGGGUCCAAGAGACCCAGGUGAGGCAACCAUCUUUUUCUCUCUACUGAGGUACCCACAAACAUGGACUUGUCAACUUCCAUCAGCCAUUCAAAUUCUCAGUAUCUGCAAUUAAUUGAAUAGAAGGCAUUGAGUAUUUGCCCAUACAAAGAAGUUCAGCAGUAGGGUAGGCUAAAUGGGCUGUAAUGCCGUCAGAAUGUCUGGUGUGUAAACCUUGGAAAAGAGUUGUCUCCCAUCCCCCCUGGUCUUGGUCUUAAACUUUACACUUCCCUGGAACGGACUGCCUACCAUCAGACCUUAGGAAAGACUGUCAUUCUCUUGUUCCUGCCUUGAAAUCCAAAUAUUGGGAAUGUUGCAGAAACAGAGUAAACACAGCCAAGUGAGAGACAAGGAUGAGCAGAAUUGCUGGCUCCUAUUGGUAGAGUACAGAGGAGUGAGAAUGGACGCCCCAUGCCUAGCUUUUUUCUCUGCAAGUACUAAUAAUGCAGGAUUAGAAUCAAGGUGGAAAGGAGGCAAGACCAUUCAUCAAAGUGGCAGAAAGAAUUCUCCUUCCAUCUGAAGAGAGAAACCUUUGCACCUCACUGCCUUUCGACACAGAGGGGAGGGCAAGCAGGAUCUCACCAUCGACUUUCUCCAGGAGAGGAAGAGCACAGGGCAACCGGGCGGCUCCGAGGCCCGUGCCCUAACCAGCCUUCCUGACCAUAACCUCCAACCUCAGGAAAGGGACCUUCCCCAAACACAGAUUCCAAAGGAAACAAAAUAGACCAAGGAGCGUGAUCUCCUUUCCUCACAGCCUCUCAGCCAAUGGACCCUACCUGCUUCCCUCUCAGUGCUCAGCCCUCUGUGAGGUGACACACUCCCCCAGAGCAAGGUGCUGGCCCCGGGAGCCCAGCACCAAAGUAUUCCAAGUCUAGGUCAAACUGUCUGGAUCAUUUCUUUCCCUAUAGGUUGACUCAGAGGAAAGCAGUUGCACAUAGCUUAGGUCAGCAGUGCAUCUCCUCCCUAGCUAGGAAUGAUGUAUCAUAGUGAGACACCUUCUUUGCAUGAAAUGGAAGCAUGAUUUUUGCUUGUGGGAAAAACAGCUUUUUAUCAAACCCCUCGAGCUUCUCAAUGGCUCCCUCUGCUUAACGAGAACGUUUGGCUGUAGAAGCAAAAUUCUACUCUCAGAAGACCCUGAGACAGUGAAUGUCUUUGCUUUCCAUUUGCAAGCUGAAAUCAGGGUGGGAGUGGACUCAUUAUUUUCACAGAGAAUGAAUUUAUUUUGUGCAGGUUGUGAACACAUCUGGCACCUAAUGUUUCCAUGAAUCCUGUUGCUAUUUUUCCUCUUCAUAAAGCAGCUUCUGCUGUCCAGGUCAACAUGUAGGUGGAAAUUCUAUGUGCUUUAGAAAGCUAAAGUUUUGAUUUCCUUUUCUGUGUUCUUGCUUUCGUAGCCAGCAUAAUACCACAGACAUCCAUUUCAAAGAUAGUGCGCCUCUUAGCCAACAGAUGUGUGUGCUCCUAAUGUAUGUUCACUUUUUCUGUCUACAAGUGGUUUGUGUGCAUUAAAUAAAUAAUGGGAGGGGUGCGCAGAUAUUCCCUUACCUGCUUUGAAUAGUUAACUAGGCACAGAUAACAUCAAUACCUUAUAAAAUUUGGUUUUCAAGUAUCAUUUCACUUUCUCCAUACAUGAAUGUGUUAUUGUUGGAUAGAAAACUGCAAUGAAUGUGUGUAUAGAACAUUAAUAAUUCUUAUAAGGAUGGAAAUUAAAAGGCUGCAUGAUGAAAAUUUAGAGGAAAAAGGCAGAAACUUGAAUUCACUAAGCAUGUUCGGGGGAAAAUAGAAUCCUUAAUUCAGUGCCUCUGUCUGCAAUGUGGAAACUUUCAACUUUGUUCACCAAAAUUGUAUGAUAUCUGUGUGUACAUAUAUAUAUAUAUAAAUAAAUAAAUAUAGUAUAGUGGUCUGACACCACCAUUUUUAAGUCUCUGGUAGCCAAAUUAAAGCAUCUAUAGCAUAAUAUGCAUAUUCACCCACACUUCCUCUCUGAUAGUAGUGAAGACCAUCAAAACACGCGUAGAUUUCAUUACUUUGGAUGGAAUUCCGAUAUGAAGCCCCUGUGCUUUCCUUAGCUCAGGAGGUCUGUGUUUUUAUUGCAUAAAUGUUGUCAGAAAUCACCUAUGGAGAUCACUUCAUUCUCCCACUUCGAGGCUGUACUAAGACAAAAAGCAAAGGGGGAUAGCAGUGAAGGAGAUUGUGACUUUUUGGCGGCUACCUUUAUAACAGAAACAAUGAGUUCAUGGAUGAACUGAUUUUAUAAACCCUUCUGUUAUGGCUUUGCCUCUGUGCGGGAAAACGGCUUUAACUGGUUUGGAGGUGUGUUUUAGCCAUGAUUAGGGUUGCGAAAAGGAAUUAAGUAGUGCAGUUGUGGAUAUAAAACGAAGACACUUAAAAAACACAAUAAUACCCCCAGAAGUGAUUAUGUGACUUUCUUUCAAGACACAGUAAUAAACAGUAAAAAGAAUCUGUUCUGGAGUGUCUUGAGAUAUCAUUUUUCUGUGAAUACUCCAAAGCUAACAUAUUGAUGUGUGCUUUAUAAUUUACUUUCUUUAGCAUCUCUCCAUGGCUCAGAGACAACAAAACAGUAGGUCACUGGCUGGCUUAGGUCAAUAAGAAUUUUCUUUUUUGAGCAGAACCAGAGUAUAAUUGACUGCAUAUAAGGCAUAAUCAGAUAAUCCAAUAGAGAAGACUUGUCUAAAUAGCUUUAGUACCUUUCUGACUGUCUGACUCAGUGGGCUGUGACAGUCCACCAUCUGAGCCAUACUCUCUAAAAUAAAAAGAAAUUCUAUCCAGUGACUGCAGCCUGAUCAUAGAUGACUUUAGUCAUUCUUGCUAAAACUCAAGUGUUGACAAUAACACAGCGCUGGCAUGCUGAGGAAAAAGUGUAUUGGGAUCUUCUGUGCUCUACCUUCGGAACAAUCUGUUUGCAUUGGAAACAUAACUGUAAGCUUUUUAGGAGUUAGUGCAAUAAGACAAUGUGAAUAUGUUGAGAACUUUCCAGAUGCCAUUAUUAAUUGUCGUGUUGUUGCUGCUGUUGUUGUUGUUGUUAACAAAUGCUUUAGGACACGCCUCUGAAUGUUUUUGCUUUAAGUUGGAAGCAUGUCUGUUGAAUUGCAAGUCUCUCUAUUCUGUGUAUCACCAAGAAGAGGUUCUUGGAGUGGAUGUUGUACCCAUGUCACUUAUGUGUAGCUUCAAGUGUAAUUUUUAGUGUUUACAUUUUGAGCUGGGAUCUUGAUUGGUGAAAUUAAUCCAGAUACCACUGCCACUGCAGAAGGACCAAGUUCUGGAGCGCACAGUGUUGAAGACUACAAGCAAAGCAAGCACAAGUUAAUCCUCCAUCGGCCAUCCUUCUGCGUCAUUUUAUGGCUGUUCGGUGUUUCCCCCCAGUUAUUUAUUAUUGUUAAUAACUUACUUUUUCUUACAUUCUGUUGUAAAUAAAGUACAAAGCAAUCUUC